GGAAAACAUAUAUGAAGAGCCAUAUAAACCACUCUUUGUCUCUCCACUUUUGAGUACUCGUCUUCUACAUUUUCGUCAGAGCGGCGAAGCGAGCACCAGCGUCUCACAAGCAUGGUUCACGUUUCGUUUUACCGCAACUAUGGAAAAACUUUUAAGAAGCCAAGACGUCCCUAUGAGAAGGAGCGUUUGGAUGCUGAACUGAGGCUUGUGGGAGAAUAUGGCCUUCGCUGCAAGAGGGAACUCUGGAGGGUGCAGUAUGCACUGAGCCGCAUUCGAAAUGCAGCAAGGGAGCUUCUAACCCUUGAUGAGAAGAACCCUCGUCGUAUUUUUGAGGGUGAGGCCCUUCUCAGGAGGAUGAACAGGUAUGGGCUUCUUGAUGAGAGUCAGAAUAAGCUGGAUUAUGUGUUGGCCCUUACUGUGGAGAACUUCCUUGAGCGCCGUCUCCAAACUCUUGUGUUCAAGAAUGGAAUGGCUAAGUCGAUUCACCAUGCACGAGUUCUCAUCAGGCAGAGGCAUAUUAGAGUUGGGAGGCAGGUUGUCAAUAUCCCGUCAUUCAUGGUGAGAAUGGACUCACAGAAGCACAUUGACUUCUCAAUCACAAGUCCAUUUGGUGGUGGUCGCCCAGGUAGAGUGAAGAGAAGGAACCAGAAGGCUGCUGCCAAGAAGGCUGCUGGUGGAGAUGGAGUCGAAGAGGAUGAAGAAUGAGCACAAUAGUGAGUGAUUGUUAUUAGGAAUUAGGGCCGAGUUUUGCAUGUUGACUUUUCCUCCUUCUGGAGUUUUUCUUUGGGGACAUUCAAUCAUAGAAAGUUUUGCUUGGUGUAUGUUCUUGACUGUUUUUCAGAGUAUUUUUGUUUGUCAAUGGGAUAUAUGGUGAAAUCUACUUGCUUGACCCUUUUGCUGUUUGA